GCCGCCGCCGCCGCCGCUGCCGAGAGUGCAGCAGCUGCACACACACAGACAGAGACACGAGAGCGCGAGCGCGCGAGCGUUGUACGUGCGAUAUAGCUGGGAGUCGGGCGCGGGAAUUUUUCCGCGGCGAUUUUCGACAAUACAAAUUGAGCCGUCGCCGAGCGCCGCGUCCGAGAUCCCGCCGGGGAGUCGAGCUGCUCUGACGCUUCUGCGGGGAUACGCAUAAAAGAUGCGGGAGCUGAGGCCCAUGAGGCUGGCCGCCCCCGACGGCGGCUGGGGUUGGGCAGUGCUCGCCGCGGCGAUCGGCAUCAACUUCCUCAUCCCCGGGACCAUCAAGAGCUUCGGGGUCCUCUACGUCGAGUUCCUCAGGGUGUUCGAGGCCUCGCCGAGCCAGGCCAGCUGGAUGCCCGCGCUCUGCUACUUUCUCUACAGUUCCCUCGGACCGCUGACGAGCAUCCUGGCGAUCAAGUACUCGUACAGGACGGUCGCCCUGGUGGGCGGCUUGUUCGGCUCGACGGGCCUGAUGAUCAGCUACUUCGCCGAGUCCGUCACGUACCUCUACUUCAGCUACGGGAUAAUGAUGGGCAUCGGCGCCGGACUGACCUUCCCCGUGACGAUCUACAUUGUCAGCGAGUACUUUGACCGACUGCGGGGCAUGGCCACGGGACUCUGCAUAUCCGGCAGCGCGAUCGGCACCAUCGUCCUGCCGCCCUUCAUGCAGUACCUCCUCGAUCACGUGGGCUACAGAUUCGCCGUCCUGAUAAUAGGAGCGAUCCUGCUGAACACGCUCGUCUGCGCGUGCGUGUUCCACCCGGUGGAGAGGCACAGCAGGCUGGUGCCCGUCGAGGAGGACAGGCCGCGCAAGGAGACGAAGCAGGAGAAGGAACCGCGCGUCGAGAGGAUCAUAGCCGGCGAGCUGCCCUCGUCCCACCGCAGCAGCAUCGUCAGCAGCGUCGGGCCCGUCACCCUCGAUCCGCGACGUCUCUCCAGGAUCAGCCUGUCCCGCAGACUCGCCGCCAAGCAGCAGCAGCAGCAGCAGCAGCAGCACAAGGUAGACUCUGCUCGAUCGGAGAUCGCGGAGCAAACCGAUCCGGCGGACGAUGCAGCCGACCCCCAGCAGAGCCUCUUCGACCUGCGCAUCCUGAGGGACCCGCUCUACCUGGUGAUCCUCAUCUCGAACUCGACCUCGGCCAUCAGCAACACCAACUUCAUGAUCCUCCUGCCGAUCUACGCCGUCUCCCAGGGCUACGACAAGGAGACCUCGGCUCUCCUGCUCUCGAUCGUCUCGCUGCUCGACCUGAUCGGCAGGAUCGGCGGCGCCUCGCUCUCCGACAUCGACCUCGUGCCCAAGCACUACUACUUCGUCGGCGGCCUCGGACUCAGCGGAGUCGCCUUGGCGCUCCUGCCCAUGGCCGAGGGAUACGUCUACCUGGCGAGCUUCUGCGCGCUCUUCGGCCUCUCCUCGGGCCUCUACAUAGGCACGACCGCCGUCGUGCUGGCCGACAUGCUGGGACCGGAGAGGCUCUCCUCCUCCUACGGCAUUUCGCUCUUCGUCAACGGCCUCCUUCAGCUGGUCGGACCUCCGCUCUGCAAUCUCGCCUACGAGAUGAUCGGUUCGUUCAAGCCGAUCUUCAUGACUCUGGGAAUGAUCCUCGUCUGCGGGACCGCGCUCUGGGCUGUCCUGCCGAUCAUCAGGCGGAACGCCAAGCAGGAGCUCGAGAAGACCGCUCGAGCUGAGCCUGCAGCAACGGCUUGACCGCUCUUUCGCAUUUUUAUUUAGAUUUUAAUUUAAUUUUUUACAUAUGCGCUAUCCUAACGCUAAUAUGUCGACAUUGUAAAUAUACACACACUUUUAUUACCUUAAGUAAUUUAAACAGAAACAUGACUCUUCUUAUACACGUUCUCUUUUUCUAAUAAAAACGCAGAAAGGCGCAUAAAACCUAAAAA